AUGGUCAAGGUGGCGGGAGGUGGAUUCUUGUCUACUUUGGGCCGUGCUAGAGGAGUCGAGAUCGAGAUUGCGGGGCAGUCAAUGCCAGCAGACUUAGUCAUCAGUCCGGUGGAGCUGUAUGACGUUAUUCUCGGGAUGGACUGGUUGUCACACUACAGAGUUCAUCUGGAUUGCUACAGAGGUAGAGUGGUCUUCGAGCGAGAUGCAGGGAGGUUGGUUUAUCAGGGAGUGAGACCGACUUCCGGGAGUAUUGUGAUAUCUGCUAUUCAGGCCGAGCAGUUGUUAGAGCGGGGCUGUGAGGCGUAUCUGGCGACGAUUUCUAUGUCUGAGUCAGGAGCUGGAGUUGUUAUGGGAGAUAUUGAGGUUGUCCAGGAUUUUGAGGAUGUCUUUCAGUCACUGAAGGGAUUACCACCAUCUCGGUCUGAUCCUUUCACGAUUGAGUUAGAGCCGGGGACAGCACCGAUAUCGAAGACGCCUUACAGGAUGGCGCCAGCUGAGUUGGCAGAGCUGAAGAAGCAGAUAGAGGACCUUUUGUCUAAGGGGUUCAUUCGACCGAGUGUUUCACCGUGGGGAGCACCGGUGUUGUUUGUGAAGAAGAAGGAUGGAGUUUCAGACUUUGUAUCGAUUACAGAGAUUGACUUGGCAUCGGGGUAUCAUCAGAUCCCGAUAGAUGAGGCAGAUGUCAGGAAGACUGCUUUCAGGACGCGUUAUGGGCAUUUUGAGUUUGUGGUUAUGCCUUUCGGUUUGACUAACGCGCCGGCAGCCUUCAUGAGAUUGAUGAACGACGUGUUCAGGGAGUAUUUGGACGUGUUCGUCAUCAUUUUCAUUGAUGAUAUUCUGGUAUACUCGAGGAGUCAGGAGGAGCAUGCGACUCACUUGAGGUUGGUUCUGGAGAAGCUUCGGGAGCAGAAGCUUUUUGCUAAGUUGAGCAAGUGCAGUUUCUGGCAGCGAGAGAUGGGAUUUCUUGGCCACAUUGUUUCUGCAGAGGGAGUUUCUGUGGAUCCGGCUAAGAUUGAGGCUAUCAGAGAUUGGCCUAGACCUAGUAGUGCCACCGAGAUCAGGAGUUUUCUGGCUGAGUGUGAGGAGAGCUUUAGUCAGCUCAAGGAGAUGUUGACUACUACACCAGUGUUGGCGUUACCCGAGCCAGGGAAGCCUUACAUGGUGUAUACAGAUGCUUCAGGCAUUGGUCUUGGUUGUGUGCUGAUGCAGGAGGGCAGAGUGAUAGCAUAUGCUUCGAGACAGUGGCAGGGCAGUGAGCGUAACCGUCCUACACAUGACUUAGAGUUGGGAGCAGUGAUCUUCGCGUUGAAGAUUUGGAGGUCUUACUUGCUAGGUGAGACAGUACAGGUCUUCACGGAUCACAAGAGUUUGCAGCAUAUCUUCACUCAGCCGAUGAUGAACGCGAGACAGACGCGCUGGGUUGAGUUCUUGGCGGACUAUCAGGUGAGCAUUAACUACCAUCCGGGCAAGGCUAACCUAGUGGCGGACGCGUUGAGUAGACGGAGGUAUGAUUCCGCAGUUGAGCGAGAUGUGGAGUCUCUAGUUGGCGAGAUCAGUACCUUGCGUUUGUGUGCCAUUUCGCAGGAGCCUUUGGGUUUAGAGGCAGUGGAUCAGGCGGAUCUACUUAGCAGGAUCAGAGUUGCUCAGCAGAGUGAUCAGAGUUUGCUAGAUGCGACGAGAGUGACUGGUUCUGAGUAUGAGGUCUCUGCGAAUGGGACUAUCUUGGUUCGUGGGCGAGUUUGUGUGCCUAAGGAUGUGGAGUUGAGACAUCAGAUUUUGGGAGAGGCUCAUGCGAGCAAGUUUUCCAUUCAUCCGGGAGCGACCAAGAUGUACCAUGACCUCAAGAGGUACUAUCAUUGGGUCGGGAUGAAGAGGGAUGUAGCAGACUGGGUUGCGAAGUGCAACACUUGUGCCUUGGUGAAGGCAGAGCAUCAGGUUCCGGGUGGUCUUUUGCAGAGUUUACCCAUUCCAGAGUGGAAGUGGGAUAGGAUUACGAUGGAUUUCGUGGUUGGACUACCUGUUUCGAGGACUUUCGAUGCUAUCUGGGUGAUUGUGGAUCGGUUGACUAAGUCUGCACAUUUCUUGGCCAUCAAGAAGACAGAUGGAGCUGCUGUCUUGGCUAGGAAGUUUGUGCGAGAGAUUGUGAGGCUGCAUGGAGUGCCAGCUAGUAUUGUGUCAGACCGUGAUCCCAGAUUCACUUCAGAGUUUUGGAGGGCGUUUCAGGCAGAGAUGGGCACUAAGGUGCAUCUGAGUACAGCUUAUCAUCCGCAGACAGAUGGUCAGUCAGAGAGGACUAUUCAGACUUUGGAGGAUUUGCUGAGGAUGUGUGUGUUGGAUUGGGGUGGCCAUUGGGCAGAUCACCUAAGCUUAGUUGAGUUUGCAUACAACAACAGCUUUCAGGCGAGUAUUGGCAUGGCUCCAUUUGAGGCUUUGUAUGGGAGGCCAUGUAGGACACCCCUAUGCUGGACCCAAGUGGGGGAGCGCAGCAUGUAUGGAGCUACUUAUGUUCAGGAGACGACAGAGAAGGUUCGUGUUGUGAGGCUGAACAUGAAGGAGGCUCAGGAUAGGCAGAAGAGUUAUGCAGAUAGACGCAGACGAGAGCUUGAGUUUCAGGUUGGAGAUAGAGUUUAUCUCAAGAUGGCUAUGUUGAGGGGUCCUAACAGAUCCAUAGCAGAGAACAAGCUGAGUCCGCGAUUUAUGGGUCCGUUUCCAGUAGUGGAGCGAGUUGGGCCAUUGGCUUACAGGCUGGAGUUGCCUGAGAUUAUGAAAGCCUUUCACAAGUGGUUCUACAGAGGAGACUUGGGAGCCAGAGGCAAAGAUGAAGUUGAAGUUCAGGAAGUGGUUCGACAAGCAGACUCUCUGGGUGCAAGUAGGCCUCAGUUGAGUGUAGCUUAUAUGGGUGCAAGUAGGCCUCAGUAUAAGCAGUUUAGUUCAUCUGGGUGCAAGUGGGCCUCAGUAUGGACGUUUUCGGGUUCGUCUGGGUGCAAGUGGGCCUCAGUGCGGACCGGUGUGGACUUGUCUGGGUGCAAGUGGGCCUCAGUACAAGUUGUUUGAUGCUGUAGAGGAGAAAAGUUGAGUUUUUGGAGAGAUUUUCGAAUUUUACUGUUCAUCGGACUGUUCAUCGGUACUGUUCACGGGUUACUGUUCAUCGGUACUGUUCACGGGUUACUGUUCAUCGGUACUGUUCGGGUUCAUCCGCGAUUCGGCACUGUUCAUCGUCCUUCCUUUUUCCUUCAGUUUCAAUCAAUUGUCAAGGAAGAUGGCUCGUACGAAACUGUCCCUGGAAGUGAUUUCAUGAUUACCCGUGUUGCAUUCCGAGAUAAUUCUUCCAAGUAUUAUAUCAAUGAAAGGUCGAGCAAUUUCACUGAAGUUACCAAAAUUUUGAAGGGGAAAGGAGUAGAUCUCGACAACAAUCGUUUCUUGAUUCUUCAGGGGGAGGUAGAACAGAUAUCACUCAUGAAGCCGAAAGCACAAGGUCCCCAUGACGAAGGUUUUCUUGAAUAUCUCGAGGAUAUUAUUGGAACAAAUAAAAUACGUGGAGAAGAUAGAUGA